CUCUUGGGGUGAUCCGCUCUGAGCGGCUAGUAGUUGUGUUUCGUUGCUUGCGUGAGCACAUUCGCGCGCUAUUUACGUGCCGGGAAGUGAAUCGUGGAAUCAAACAGAGUAAUUAAGCUCGUUAAUUGACGAUUGGACACAACACAUUUGUCUACAAGGCAUGAAGAGCUGUCAAGUUCGUCUUGUGAAUUCGAUGCGUCAGUAGUUUAACGAUGUGUCCAUCGAGUAUCGUACUUUGUUGCUACGCGCUUCUGUUUGUUGCUUCGUCCUCGGAGUCUCGGGGAAUUUCUACGAACGGCGACGAGCAGGGAGGCGACGACUCGACAACGGUGCGAUAUGAUCUUUUUGAAAUCUCUUUGAAAAAUCGAGAUGACAAUAAGAUACAGUUCAUACCGUACAAUUUGCACGAAAGUUCGACCGAGAAUGAUGACGACACGUACUACAAACCCCAUCAAUCUACGAAUAACGAUCACAUGGAUUUGGUGCGGUACGAGUCUCGCGGACACGUCAUGAAGAUUCGCGAAGAGAAUAAUAAAAAGAAAUUUAUGGAGCCCCGCGUGAUUUCUGGAAAGGUCAGUAGCGAGGACGACUCGACGUUGCAAGAAUUUCACAACAGUUUCGCAUACAAAUUACAUUCCGAUAAAGAUAAUGAUACGAUCAUCAUUUUUUCAUCUGAUGCGUGCGGCGACGACACUUGCAUUCAGCUCUGCUGUCCUUUUGGCGAGCGUCUAACGUCAGGGAGGAAGUGCGUGCCAGGGCAGGAUAAUUACGCUUUUCCAGGCGUCCAGAACAAUUCCGAGAAUAAGAAAUUGGACGAACUAUUUCGACUGACCGUCCGCGAUCCGUGCGUUCAGCAGAGAAGGGCACACCGCAUUCUUGAUCCCGAUGAGUACGCGUUUUUCGCCAACGGUUCUUUGUACCUGAAUCCUAACGAGCUCAUACCAUCGACGUCUUACUGCCUUGCCGUGCGGGAGCGGGACACUUAUGAUGCAGUUGCCUGCAUGAUUUCGAUGGAAUUUCCGGUAUACAUGUCCGUGUACUUCGUCGUGACUUUCCCGCUUUUGGUGCUGACGUUCGUGAUAUAUACUAUACUUCCGCAACUCCGAAACAUGCAGAGCUACAUAUUACGUGUACAGGUCGCUUCGUUGUUCAUCACAAACAUGACCAUAUAUUGCGUCCAUAAAAGCCCUGAAUUAUCCGAAUGGGAAUACUGCAUUCCACUGGCUUACAUUUUUAAUUUCACGAUAUUGUCGGGAAAUUUUUGGCUAAACGUAGCAUCUUUUGACAUUUGGUGGACAUUCAGAAAACUCAAUUUGCACCAUCUAGACAAAGGCAAAAAGAAAAAGAGAUUUAUAUUGUACUCUAUUUAUGCGUGGGGUAUCACCCUCCUUCUCACCGCUGCUUGUGCCAUCAUGGAUGCUCCCGGCAUACCGGAAAACUGGAUUCAACCGGAAAUGUGCAAGAAGAAAUUUUGGUUCAGUCGGUCUGAUGGAUUUACGUUGUUUUAUUAUGGACCCACGGGUGUUACUUUUAUUAUCAACAUUUACUUCUUCAUCAUCACGGCAGUAACGAUUCUGUAUCAUAAUAAACAUACUGCCCAUCAGCUGAAAGACUCGCAGAGCCGGCGCUAUAAUAAAAACAAACGCAAGUUUGGAAUGUACCUGAAGCUGUUUGUGGUGAUGGGAGUAAGCUGGAGUACGGAUGUAAUAUUGUGGUUUAUCCAUGGCUCUUAUACCAUACCGGAGAUAAUCUGGAAUAUCAGCUUCAUGAUAAGCAUCUCGCGAAGCGUCAUCAUUUUCAUCAUAUACGUAUGCAGAAAGAGAAUCUUGCGAUUGUUGCUGAAACGAUUCGGUUGGAAGAACCGCGGUCAGUUUAGGGAUAAUUCAUCUAGCAACCAGAAUGGAUCGUCCUCAAAUAUGUCCUCCAUCUCUGUACCGUUACCGGGAUCAGUGCACAUGAAAAAUAUUAGUCCUUCUAUUAGCCAGCCGACUAAUCAUCACGCGGAGUCCAAUACGACAUUUCGAAAAUUCCAUUCAUAUCAAACAAACAUCAUGAGAAAGAAUCAGGAGAAAAAGAAGUUUAUCAUGUAUUCGAUCUUUGCGUGGGGAGUCGCUUUUAUCCUCAACGUUGUUCGUGUUAUUAUGGAUAUUUUUAGCGAUUCGAUCCGACCGAAAAUGUGCAAGAAUAGCUUUUGGUUAAGUUAUGAGGCAAUAACGGUAUACUUUUAUAUACCCGCGAGUGCCGCUAUUAGUUGCAAUAUCUUCUUCUUCACAGCGACGAUACUAAAGGUUCGUGAUAAGCAGACAAUGAAUCAGUUGAGAGACUUGGAAAGCAGCCGCCACAAUAAAAAUAAGUUUACAAUAUAUUUGAAGCUGUUCAUAGUGAUGGGAAUAAACUGGAUUGUAAAGAUAAUAAUAUUUUGGUCAAAUGAAAAUUUUGUGCCACCAAUCUUCUGGCUUAUCUUCGAUGCCAUUGAUAACUUGCAAGGUUUUAUUAUUUUUGUUAUAUACGUGUGUAAAAGAAGGAUCUUACGGUUGUUGCAAGAAGAAUUCGUUUGGAAGAAUCCUGUCAACAUUUCAAGGAACAACGAUUGUCCUAAUGCAUCCGUGAAUACCACCUCUCUUACAUCGAUAUCGACAAUUGUGUCUAUGCAAGAGAUCAAUCCUACUAGUUAGCAGAUUAAUCAUCGCGGAGUCCUAUUUUCAAUGCUACACGUAAAAGGACUGUUCUAUAAUGGAAUAACGAAAACCUGAUGAGGCUCUCAAAGAAGUAAAUAUUCAGACGACGUAAAACAUGGAGGUGAUAAUAUCAUGGAAUGGGAGUGCUUU